UGGAAGAAAAACUGUUAUUUCCCACAGCCGAGAGCCAAGAAGAUUACCGGCGCGAGGAAGGUGAGAGAGAAGGCAGGAGAGGAAAAAGAAUACGCUACUUCUGACUAGUAGAAGUAGGGGACUUUGCGUCUGAAACAUUAGGGGAAAAGAAUACCGCACUGGCUGCUGAAUCAUAGACUAACAAGUCAGCAUAUGAAUGAAAGCAGAACUAUGAAAGCGCGUGGGCAUCUGAGCUUUACCUUUCAUAGAGAGACCAAUAGGUGACUGAUCGUAUAGGAUUGCAAUAGUCGCACCCAGACUAUUAUAGUUCUUAGGCAGAAAAAGGGGACCGUCCGAAAGUCAUGGAGUAUAGAGUAGAAAUAAAAAUUAGCUAGCGUCAAAAGAUUAAAGAAGACGGCAAAAAAGAAAUUGCUUGGAGCAGCUGGAACCUGUUAAAGAAUGGAUUUUAGCUCUAUUCGCAAGUUCAUCACCAGAUGGUGUGCUGGAGAGGAGAACUGGGUGGACACCAGGACGGUGUACAUCGGAAACAAGGAGCCCCCGCCGGGACCGGAGGCCUACAUUCCCCAGAGGUACCCCGACAACCGCAUCAUCUCCUCCAAGUACACCUUCUGGAAUUUUGUUCCGAAGAAUUUGUUUGAGCAGUUUAGAAGAAUUGCCAAUUUCUACUUCCUCAUCAUAUUUCUUGUCCAGUUGAUAAUUGACACUCCCACCAGUCCCAUCACCAGCGGACUACCUCUCUUCUUUGUCAUCACUGUCACGGCCAUCAAACAGGGCUAUGAGGACUGGCUCAGGCACAAAGCAGACAAUGCUAUUAACCAGUGUCCUGUGCACGAGGUGCAGCAUGGGAAGGUGAUCAGGAAACAGAGUCGUAAGCUGAGGGUGGGUGAUGUGGUGCUGAUCAAGGAAGAUGAGACGUUCCCCUGUGACCUCAUCCUUCUCUCCACCAGUAGGGAGGACGGGACCUGUUUUGUCACUACAGCCAGUCUGGACGGGGAGUCCAGUCACAAGACCUACUAUGCUGUGCAGGACACUAAGGCCUUCAACACAGAGGAGGAUUUCGAUACUCUACAGGCUUCUAUUGAAUGUGAACAACCACAACCAGACCUCUACAAAUUCGUGGGCCGAAUCAAUAUUUAUUCGGACAGAAACGAGCCCAUCGCGAGGCCUUUGGGAUCUGAGAACCUACUUCUCAGAGGGGCGACACUGAAAAACACACAGCACAUAUAUGCUGUUGCCAUCUACACUGGUAUGGAGACCAAGAUGGCGCUCAACUACCAGUCCAAGUCCCAGAAACGCUCUGCAGUGGAGAAGUCAAUGAAUGCGUAUCUGAUAGUGUACCUGUGCAUCCUGAUCAGCAAGGCUCUGAUCAACACAGUGCUGAAGUAUGUGUGGCAGGCUGACCCGGACAAAGACGAGCCCUUCUACAACCAGAAGACUGACACAGAGAGGCAACGCCAUAUAUUGAUCCGGGCGUUCACAGACUUCCUGGCCUUCAUGGUGUUGUUUAAUUACAUCAUCCCCGUGUCCAUGUACGUUACCGUGGAGAUGCAGAAGUUCCUGGGGUCCUACUUCAUCAUGUGGGAUGAUGACAUGUUUGACGAGGAGCUGGGAGAGAGGGCUCAGGUUAACACAUCUGACCUCAAUGAAGAACUGGGACAGGUGGAGUACGUGUUUACAGACAAGACAGGCACCCUGACAGAGAACAACAUGGAGUUUAUAGAGUGCUGUGUGGACGGCUAUGUUUACGUCCCUGAUGCCAUCUGUAAUGGACAGGUCAUGCCAGGGGCAACCAGCAUGGACAUGAUUGACUCCUCACCUGGACCAGGGGGCAAGGAGUCUGAGGAGUUGUUCUUCCGGGCGUUGUGUCUGUGCCACACGGUACAGGUGAAGGAGGAGGAGACAGUGGAUGGCAUCAAGAUGGGUAUCCACCAGAACAAGGCCACCUCCUUCUACAUAUCAUCCUCUCCUGACGAGGUGGCCCUGGUGGAGGGCAUGAAGAGGCUUGGCUUCACCUAUCUGCGGCUGAAGGACAGUCACAUGGAGAUUCUUAAUAGGGAGGAUGAGGUCGAGAGGUUUGAGCUGCUCGAGGUAUUGACCUUUGACUCUGUGAGAAGGAGAAUGAGUGUUAUCGUCAGGUCCACCACAGGGGAGUACUACCUGUUCUGUAAAGGGGCCGACUCCUCCAUCUUCCCCAGGGUAAUCUCUGGCAAGGUGGAGCAGGUCAAAGCCAGAGUGGAGCACAACGCUGUGGAGGGCCUACGGACACUGUGCGUGGCGUACAGGAAGUUGAGCGUGGCUCAGUACGAGGAGACGUGUCACCUGCUGAACAGCGCCAAGCUGGCCCUGCAGGACCGAGACAGGAAGCUGGCCGAGGCCUAUGACCUCAUUGAGAAGGACUUCAUACUGCUGGGGGCCACCGCCGUGGAGGACAGGCUCCAGGACAAGGCAGCAGACACCAUCGAGUCUCUCCAGAAGGCUGGGAUGAAGGUGUGGGUGCUGACCGGAGACAAGAUGGAGACGGCGGCGGCUACUUGUUACGCUAGCAAGCUGUUCCGCCGCUCCACACAGAUACUGGAGCUGACCACCAAACGCACCGAGGAACAGAGUCUACAUGACGUUCUGUUUGACCUGAGUAAAACCGUACUCAGACAGCAUGGUAGCAUGACCAGAGACACCUUCUCAGGUCUGUCUGCAGACUGUGUGGACUACGGUCUGAUCAUCGACGGGGCCACCCUGUCUGCGGUGCUGAAGCCCAGUCAGGAGGACUCCAGUCAGGGGAACUACAAGGAGAUCUUCCUGGAGAUCUGUAGGAACUGCAGCGCUGUGCUCUGCUGCCGCAUGGCGCCCCUCCAGAAAGCACAGAUUGUGAAGCUGAUCAAAUCGUCUCCAGAACACCCCAUCACGCUAGCCAUUGGAGACGGGGCUAAUGAUGUUAGCAUGAUCCUGGAGGCUCACGUGGGCAUCGGCAUCAUGGGUAAAGAGGGUCGCCAGGCAGCGCGGAACAGCGACUACGCCAUCCCGAAGUUCAAACACCUGAAGAAGAUGCUGCUGGUUCACGGACACUACUACUACAUCCGCAUCUCAGAGCUCGUCCAGUACUUCUUCUACAAAAAUGUCGCCUUCAUCUUCCCUCAGUUCCUCUACCAGUUCUUCUGUGGCUUCUCCCAACAGCCGCUGUAUGACACAGCCUAUCUGACACUGUACAAUAUCAGCUUUACCUCUCUACCCAUCCUGCUCUUCAGCCUCAUCGAGCAGCACAUCAACAUGGACAUCCUCAAGAAAGACCCCUCCCUCUACAGGGACAUAGCUAAGAACUCUCUCCUGCGUUGGCCCAUUUUCAUCUACUGGACCUUCCUGGGGGUGUUCGAUGCCGUCGUCUUCUUCUUUGGUUCUUACUUCCUGUUCAACAACAGCACCUUCACCAGCAACGGACAGCUAAUGACAACCAACACACAGAUGAUGUUUGGUAACUGGACAUUUGGGACUCUGGUCUUCACUGUGCUGGUGUUCACAGUCACGUUAAAGCUCGCCCUGGACACACACUACUGGACGUGGAUCAACCACUUUGUCAUCUGGGGCUCGCUGCUUUUCUUCGUCAUCUUCUCUCUGCUAUGGGGAGGCAUCAUUUGGCCCUUCCUGAACUACCAGAGGAUGUACUACGUGUUUAUUCAGAUGUUGUCCAGCGGUCCGGCCUGGCUCGGCAUCAUCCUGCUCAUCGUCAUCAGUUUGCUGCCUGACGUGGUCAAGAAGGUCGUCUGCAGGGCCCUGUGGCCCACCACCACAGAACGCAUUCAGAAUGCAGACAAGCUGUAUAAUGGCCAGCUAUCGGAGUUCACCCCGCUGGCAUCUCUCCACGCUCCCACACGCAGGAGGGCCGACCACCAGAACCCCAUUCCCAGAAGGUCUGAACCCUUCACCAAAAAACUCAUGUUCACCCACUGGAGGGGCGGGCCCGACUACUGCACUUUCACCCCACUCCUCCGAUUCGCCGGCAACUCCCGUCACUCUGGGGCUGGCUACGCCCACAAUGGGGCAGGGCCUGAGACCUCGGUGUAGUCUAGAGUGGAGUUUAGUCUGAUUUAGACUGGAAGUCUUUACCAAGAUUUCAGUGUUGAGCAAUUGACCACUGGAACAAUCUGUCCUCUAGACAAUAGAUACCUAAUCUAGACGCGUACCGUUACCAAUGUCAUUGUGAAAAAGCAAACAAACACCAAAUCCACACAGAAGGACGAUCCACAUGAUCCACAGUCCUAGGGCUGUGUUGUGUUAGCACAAGGAGCUGAGUGAACUGAACAGACUUGGCUCCAGGCAAGCAGUGGCUGUGGAUUGGUGGAAAGGGCCUUGGCUCCACCCAGUAAUGUCUACUGUGGGUCCGACCCCCUCAGACCCAUACUGCAGUGUGUGUGUGUGUGUGUCACUCCCCCGUAUCUGUCUGUCAACUGUCUGUCAGUGAUGAUGUCAUUUAAAGUGUUUGUCAUAAAGGAUGUCACUCCCCCGUAUCUCCCUGCGACUGUCAACUGUCAGUGAUGAUGUCAUUUGAAGUGUCAUAAAGCAGGGAUGUCCAGUAUGAAUGGAAGAUGUUCAGAGGAAUUGCAUGUGCUUUAACUGACCACACUUUCCUGUUUCUCUUUUGUCUUUUCCUCUCUUCCUCUCUCUUUCUGUCCUGCUUUUUAUAGAACAAACUGGUGUUGCCUCUGUGCGUAUCUCUUAUCCAGGAACACGCCAUAAGACACUAGUCUUUUCCAGUUCAGUUGUAAGUGGCGAGGCCGUGAUAGUGGUUUAUCUCUACUGGACUAGAGACAGUUCUGUGUGUGUAGUAUCCCGUGUCAUGGACUGUCCUUGUGUCUACUGUAGAGUGAUGUGAUUAUACCUCCAUUCCUCCUUGUAACCGUCCCAUUUCCUGACAUGGAAGCUGAGGCAUCCUGCCUCACGUAGUGCUGAGGAACUACAGUGGUAAACCAGUAUGCAUGGGAAUCCUUUUCCGCCUUAACAUCUACACAGUGUUUCCUUUGAAAUACACAGUAGUCUGGAACCAAAGGCUCAGAAAAUACUUUUUCAAUGGCUUGCCUUGCUGGUUAUUGCCUUACACUGAGACUGGGUGGGACAGAGGAAGAGAAAUUCUGCCUUACACCAAACCAGGAUUGGUGGACACUAUUAAAUAGGAGAGAGAACCUACUUUGUUUCUGGGCUUUAACAUUGUCCAUGUAGAUAUCUAACAUCUCUCACACUCAGAUCUGAAGCUUUAAAGAGCAGUGGAUCUCUGUUACAGAAAUACAACAUGUAGAAUGUAGACAUUAUGCUUAGCUGCUUUGCUCUGUCCCUUGGCAUAAGUAAUAUAGAACAUACCCAUAGAAGUUUCACACGAUGCGUGAGAGCCUCAUGAAGGUGUUAUAAGAGUGUUCUAAUUCUCUCACAAGAGUCUGUCACUGUGUGCUCUCUCCCUCCCUCAGAUCUUCUCUGAUGCUUUUAUGUUUCAUUUUCUCCUCUUUCUUCAUGUGUUUUUUUACCUCUACCGUUUCUCCUCUUGUUCCUUUUUGAAGUGAUGCUCGUGUGGAUCUGUCCUCUCGAGCCUCACUACAUCUCCUCCUCCUCACUGCCGCCUCCAUUCACUCCUUCAUCCGGUCAUGCAUCCCUCCAUCCGUCUCAUAAGAACACAGUCUGUGUGGUGGGUGUAAGGAGAGAGACAAUGAGAAAGGGAGAUGGGAGGGGGGACUGUACCAAAACCAAGGGUUUUCUAGACACAUUUAGCUGCCUGACACUAGAUGUGUUGUGGUGCAUUGUGGGAUCUGUUCAAACCAAGAGGAACAAAAGUAUAUGGAUGUCCCAUCUAUAGAAAUUGAUGUUGUUAUACACAGUGUGUGUGCGUGUGUGUGUGCGUGUGUGUGUGCGUGCGGAUGUCUGUUUCAUUGAAGGCAGCAAUGAUAUUUAAGAUGGUCGUCUGUUAUUAGGUGGUAUUACGAAUCUUCACUGAAAUGUAAAGACACUGAACAUUACACCACAAUCACAACUAGAACACUGGCCAUUGCUAUGACAAGGUUUACAAAUAAUGAAUGAAUUAGUGAAUGAUUCAUGAAUGAAUGAUUACAGUGGAUGACUGAAUGAUGAGCGACCGGCUGUAAGGAAGUGGAUGACUCCAGAAAGGGUGAGAACUAGUGUUUUUAUCAGCACUGAUUCUGCUUGAAGUCUGUGGUCAUCUGUUCGUUAGAGGAUGAAUGAGACUGGUACUUAAACAGUCAUUUAGGGUGUUUAUAAUGUUGACAGACUUGUUUGCAUGCUCUGCCUCUGUCGUACCACUGGACGUAAUGAGCUUCUCUGUGUGUUUAUGAAUCAAACAAGCAUAACUUCUCUUUCUCUGACAGUUCAACACUCUCCAAACUGAAAUAUGAUGCCUCUCUUAAUUGCUUUGAUGUCUAGUCCAGUCGAAACCUAUUCCAUAAAAGCUUGAAAACUUGAAGCAAACUAUGCUAUUAUAAGUUGACUGUAUUGUCUAGAAUUGAUUGUAUUGAGAUUCUUUGUUUGAUAUUCUGUGUAGCGUUUAGUCUCUGUUAGGUUUCCUGUAUGAAAAGGCCUAGAGCUCAACUCAAUAUUCAGUUGGUUUGGAGGAAAAUGUUGGUUUUGUGAGCGACAAACCCUCAGAAAGAUGGAGAGAGAGGGAGAGUAUGUGCAUUUGACUGUUUUAGUCCUGUAGGUGUUGCUGGCUAUGCUUCAGAAUAUUGAAUGUAUAUGAAGCCUACUCCUUUAAGCCUGUCAUUAUGACAUAUAUCUGUGUUUUAGGAUCUUAGUAAUAUCAGCAAACAAGGAUGGACACUAUUGAACAAAACUCCCACGUGUUCAACUGUGAGCUGGCUUGCUGCUGUUAGAAUUAUGUUGGACAAACCACUGCAGUACAUCAGAACGUUUCCAUGAUCCAGAACGGAAACGAUCACCAAAUACUGACGCGUAGUAAGAAUGUAGUGUUUUCCAGGCAGCGACUCUGUUCUGAUCAGAAUUCUCUCAUUUAGGUAUUUUUGUAUAUCUUAGAAAAAUCCUGUUUUGUUACUUUUGUAUUCAGAAGAGGAGACCUGUUCACUGACUUGUAUUUAUUUAGAUAAUUAAUAUUACGUUUUCUAACAACCAAAACAGCUAAAGAGGAACUGUCAAAGGCGGAAGAGGAAGCGAGACACCCCACUCGCAGCUUUUUUUCCCUGGUUCAAUGAAUGUCAAUUAACUAAGUAGACCAGACCGAGUUGCUAUUGCGUUGGUGUCUAUGGGAAACACCCAGUUAAGUAGACUGUAAAGUACCAUUUUUUUCAACGGUAAACAGCCUGAGUGAACUAUCUUAAUUUAGCCACCAUCUUUGCAACUGUCACGGGGAAGAGGGACAUCACGUAAAUGAAAAGAUAUAGCUUUACAAUUCUGCUUUCUGUCAAUUAAUAUACUAAGAAAUCCAAGUACAAUUGUUUCUUCUGUGUUCCUGCACUGAAAUAAUACAUGUUUCUCGCAUGAAAUAUGGGUUUGUUUUUAAAGAUACUUUGAAAGCCAUUGACUAUGGGUUAAGGUGUGACCAAAUGAAUAACUAUAGUAGAUGUUUAAUUGUUCUAAUAUAUAACUUUACUGACUUAGUAGGGCUUGAACUUUACAGCCAGCCUUUACAGUUUAACAGAAUGUGUAUUUCUCUUUUACAAUGUAUCGGCACAUGGCGUUAUGACAUCACUCAUAACUUUGACUAUAUCUAAAUCUAUGUAUACUUCUGUACACUCUUGAAUAUGUAUGUAUGUAUGUAUGUGUAUAUAUAUAUAUAUAUAUAUAUAUAUAUAUAUAUAUAUAUAUAUAUAUAUAUAUAUAUUACUGUAUAUAUAUAUAUUACUGUAUAUAUAUAUAUUACUGUAUGUAGUAAAGGUAAUUCAUGUACAGUUUUGGGGUCUUUUUCUAUACAGUUUUUAACAGAUUGAUAUCUGUAGAUAUAUGUGGAUUUUUGCCAGCCUUUCUGUAGCUAUUAAUGGCAAACAACUAACAGUACAUCUGCUUGUAAUAAAACCAAAAAUAAAA